AUGGGGAAAAAAGCCAUUGAUUCUCGAAUUCCAAUUUUAAUUAGAAAUGGUACUCAAACCAAACAAAGAAGCUUAUUCAUCGUUGUUGGUGACAAAGCGCGUAAUCAAUUACCAAAUUUACAUUACUUAAUGAUGAGUUCUGAUUUAAAAAUGAACAAGAGCAUUUUAUGGGCCUAUAAAAAAAAAUUACUAGGAUUUACCUCUCACAGAAAAAAGAGAGAAGCCAAAAUUAAAAAGGAAAUUAAAAGAGGUAUUAGAGAGGUUAAUGAUCAAGACCCCUUUGAAGCUUUUAUCUCUAAUCAAAAUAUUAGAUACGUGUAUUACAAAGAAACUGAGAAAAUUUUGGGUAAUACAUAUGGUAUGUGUAUUUUACAGGAUUUUGAGGCCUUAACUCCAAAUUUAUUAGCCAGGACCAUUGAAACUGUAGAAGGUGGUGGGAUCAUUGUUCUUUUAUUAAAAUCUAUGUCAUCCUUGAAACAACUAUACACCAUGACCAUGGAUAUACAUUCUCGUUAUAGAACUGAAGCUCACGAUGACGUGGUGGCUCGAUUCAACGAAAGAUUUAUAUUAUCUUUGGGUUCUAACGAAAAUUGUUUAGUUGUUGACGAUGAAUUGAAUGUUUUGCCCAUUUCUGGUGGUAAACAUGUGAAGGCUUUACCCUUAGCCGAUGACGACGAAUUAACCCCAAAGCAGACUGAAUUGAAAAAUUUAAAGGAAUCUUUGGAAGAUGUGCAACCGGCUGGAUCCUUGGUUGGGUUAUCAAGAACAGUUAACCAAGCACAAGCUAUUUUAACAUUUAUAGACACGAUUUCCGAAAAAAAUUUAAAUUCCACAGUCGCAUUAACAGCUGGAAGAGGUAGAGGUAAAUCUGCAGCUUUGGGUAUUUCCAUAGCUGCUGCCAUCGCACAUGGCUAUUCUAAUAUUUUUGUUACUUCCCCGUCUCCAGAAAACUUGAAAACUUUGUUUGAAUUUAUUUUUAAGGGUUUUGAUGCAUUAGGCUAUCAAGAACACAUUGAUUACGAUAUUAUUCAAUCCACAAACCCUGCAUUUAAUAAAGCCAUUGUGAGAGUUGAUGUUAAGAGAGGACAUAGACAAACUAUUCAAUAUAUUAUCCCACAGGAUUCACAUGUUUUGGGUCAAGCUGAACUAGUAGUUAUCGAUGAAGCAGCAGCUAUUCCAUUGCCAAUUGUUAAAAAAUUGUUGGGUCCAUACCUAGUCUUUAUGGCUUCUACUAUCAAUGGUUAUGAAGGCACAGGAAGAUCUUUAUCAUUAAAAUUGAUCCAACAGUUGCGUGAACAAUCUGAAAGUACAGGCCGUGAACAAUCUCAGACCGAACUGGUCUCCAGAGAUAAUCAUAAGACUACAGACAGCAACUUAGGAGGUCGUACUUUACGUGAGGUUUCAUUGGAUGAACCAAUUAGAUACGCACCAGGUGAUUUGGUUGAAAAGUGGCUGAAUAAAUUAUUGUGUUUGGAUGUCCAGUUGAUCAAGAAUGCCAGAUUUGCUUCUAGAGGUACCCCACAUCCUUCUGAGUGUAAUUUAUUUAUCGUUAAUAGGGACACUUUGUUUUCUUAUCACCCAGUUUCUGAAAAUUUUUUGCAAAAGAUGAUGUCUUUAUACGUUGCUUCACAUUACAAAAAUUCACCAAAUGACUUACAAUUGAUGAGCGACGCGCCAGCACAUCAAUUGUUUGUUUUAUUACCACCUAUCGAUCCCAAAGAUGGAGCUAGGGUACCAGACCCAUUAGUUGUUGUACAGAUAGCUUUAGAGGGUGAAAUUUCCAAAGAAAGUGUCAGAAACUCUUUAUCCAGAGGCCAAAGGGCUGGUGGCGACUUAAUUCCAUGGUUAAUUUCCCAACAGUUCCAAGAUGAGGAUUUUGCUAGUCUAAGUGGUGCUCGUGUUGUAAGAAUCGCUACUAACCCAGAAUAUGCCUCCAUGGGGUAUGGUUCAAGAGCUAUUGAAUUGUUGGGUGAUUAUUUCGAGGGCAAAUUUACCGAUUUAAAUGAACAUAAUAAAACAAAGAAUUAUGAUAUAAACAGGGUCAAUGACUAUGAUUUGAGUAGGACCAAUUUAUUAAAGGAAGACGUUAAAUUAAGAGAUGCAAGCACUUUGCCGCCAUUAUUGUUGAAAUUAUCUGAACAACCACCUCACUUUCUACAUUAUUUAGGUGUUUCUUAUGGUUUAACUAAUUCUUUACACAAAUUCUGGAAAAGAAAUAGAUUUGUUCCAGUUUACUUGCGUCAAACGUCCAACGAUUUGACUGGUGAACAUACAUGUGUAAUGUUGAAAGUCUUAGAUAAUAGAGAAGAUAACUGGUUGUCAGAAUUUGCUAGAGAUUUUCACAAAAGGUUUUUAUCCUUAUUAUCUUAUGAUUUCAAGAAAUUCAGUGCGUCUCAAGCUUUGAAUGUUAUCCAAAGUGCUAAGAGGGGAGAAGGCAAGGAUUAUCAUGUUGAACCCAUGACUAAAACAGAAUUGGAUAAAAUUUUAUCGCCUUUUGAUUUGAAAAGGUUAGAUAGUUAUGCUAACAAUCUUUUAGACUAUCAUGUCAUUUUAGAUUUAUUACCGGCUUUGUCACUGCUUUUCUUUACAAAUAGGAUGGGUGAGUCUAUAAACUUAUCUAGCGUUCAAUGUGCUAUUCUAUUAGCUGUUGGUUUGCAACAUAAGAGCAUCGAUGAUGUUACAAAGGAAUUGAAUUUACCUUCCAACCAAGUUAUUGCAAUCUUUGCUAAAAUUAUGAGAAAAUUCUCCCUAUAUUUCCGUCAAUUGUUAAGUUCUCAUAUUGAGGAGGAAUUACCAAAGAUGGAAGAAGAUAAAAUCAGGGAAAUGAAUGGAGAAGAUAUCACAGCUUUUGAUGCUGGUGAGAUUCUUGACAAGAUGGAUGUGGAAUUGGAAGAAGCUGGGUCUGAAGCCGUUAAAGCCAUGAAGGACAGACAAAAGGAGUUAAUUAACUCAUUAGAUUUGAAGAAAUAUGCCAUUAAUGAUGAUACCGAUGAAUGGAAAAGUCAAAAGCAAUCUUUGGAGAAAGCUGCUAAAAACAAAGGUGUUGUUAGUGUUAAAUCUGGGACUAAAAAGAGAAAUUCUGGGACUGCAGAGAAUAUUUAUAAAGAAGAAAUGGGGUCUUUAAAAAAGUCGAAGAAACCCAAAAAAAAAUAA